AUGUUAUAUUACUCAGGUUUAACUGAUAUCAAUGGUGAUGGUGAAAACAAGUUAGUCGUUGCAGACUUGGGAACCGGAUCUUACGAUAUGAAACUAAAGGUGUACCGUGGCACAAGUCUGGUGAAUGAAAACGCUAUCAUUGAUCUACCAACUGGUGUGUGUGCAUUCCACAUGGAUAGCAAUGAGCCCAGAGUUCCAGCUGUUGCUGCAGCUUCUGGUCCCUACAUCUAUGUAUACAAGAACCUGCGCCCUUACUUUAAAUUCACAUUACCCCCUCUUGAAGUGAACCCAAUUGAGAUAGAUCUUUGGAACCAGGUUAAGGAG